AUUAGAAAUCUUUAGAUCUACAUCUAGAUCUAGAUUUUGUUUCUAGAAUUUAGAUUCUAAAUCAUACCCUAGAUCUAGUCUAAUAGUUACACAACACUGCCUACACUAGUUACUAUAUAAGUUACAGAUAUGAGAUAAGACUAAGAGUUAAAGUUUAUACUGUUGAUAAUCUCAUAAGAAUCUAAACUCAGUCUACCAUGGUCAUCUUGGAUGAAGGCUUACUGAAACAUCUCAUACCAGAAAGAUGUAUACAACAGUUUUGGUGAUCUUUAGUGUCCAAGGUGCAAUAAUCUACAAGCGAUAUUUCAACAUAGCUAUAUGGAAGAGAGGAUGACUGUAGACAAAAAUGCAGAGCAGGCAAGUUACAGCCAGGUACCACUCCCAGUUCCACAAACAGGCCUUCUAUUGCCUACAGGACAGCACAGAGACAGGGAGUUUAUAUGUGGUUGGGGGGCCGCCUUCAUUAAUAUAUGCAUAACAUUUCCUAUCAACAAAACCAUCUUCCGACAGCAGCUGCAUGGAGUCUCCAUUACUCAGGCUCUCCAACAGCUCCGCAGUGAUGGUGUGCAAUAUUUAUACCGUGGGCUGCUUCCUCCUCUGCUUCAGAAGACAUCGUCUCUGUCAAUCAUGUUUGGAGGCUACUACAUGUCCCAAGAUUUUCUCCAAGUUCGGCUGCCCAGCCUGAGUGUCUAUGUGAACCACACAAUAGCUGCCAUGACGGCUGGCACUUUGGAAGCAGUCCUGAACCCUUUUGAAAGAGUCCAAACACUGAUGCAAACUGCUAAAUAUCACAACAGAUUCAGCAACACACUAGAUGCCUUCAAGCACUUGCGGCAAUAUGGGCUGAAGGAGUAUUACAGGGGUCUUAGCGUGAUUAUUCUACGCAAUGGGCCUAGCAAUGUUGCCUUCUUCUUGGGUCGUGAGUGGCUUCAGAAACAUGUUCCCAAGAGCAAUACAGGAACUGAAAAGAUGUUGAAAGACUUUAUCUGUGGCGCCAUGUUGGGCAUGUUGAUCAGCUCUGUUUUUUACCCUCUCAACGUCAUCAAAACCCAGAUGCAAUGCAAACUUGGCGGUCCCUUUGAUGGCAUCUGGGUCACCUUCAAGAGACUCUGGCAGGAGAGAAAUGGCAGCGUUAGAGGUAUAUUCAAAGGGGUCCAUCUCAACUACAUGCGUUCCUUUUUGUCCUGGGGAAUCAUCAAUGCUUCCUUUGAGUUCCUGAUGGAGACACUGUAUAAUGAGAGACACCAGAGGCCAGGCAUCAGAUAAACUUUGGAGUUGUUAGAUGUUUUCUUUGGUAUGUAUCAUACUUUAAUUUACUGACCAUUGAUGUCUGGAACAGAUGUAGAAUAUAUGAGGAAAAAUCACAGUAGCCUCACAUUACUACUUGCAAGGCCACUAAAGUUUUGUGUUAAACAAUUAUUGUUUUUCUGUAUUAUUUUUGUUUCAGAUGAAAGCAUUGCACCACAGCUGUUAUUUCUUUGUUUUUUUUAUAACCAGUGAAUUAACUUAGUACAAGGAAAUUGUCCUCUAGAUUUUCUUUUUUCAGAAAAGUUAGACAACUGUGUUUUUAUUCAUCUAUUGUCUUUGGAUACUUUCCAAACUGAGAACUAUAGCUCUAUAACUUAUAUUAAUGAGAUUUACAGUUCUAUAACCUUCUAUAUUAAUAAAUGUUAACACAUCUGUGCUAUACAUUUGAUCAUUUUGUUUAUUUUGAAUUUGUGACUUUCAUGCACCACAACAACCUCAUGCAAUGUAUGUUCAGUUUCCUAGAACCUUCUCCAGUUGUUGUUGUCAUUGAAAACUGUUGAUCAUUUCUAAAAGGCUUUCCAUCUAUUGGAAGGCAUUCCUGCCUUAAGAAAUAUUUGGGCCCCAGACUGCCCUGUAUGUAUGGACCCCUCUUCUUUCCCCUCACAUGCCAGAAACCUUCAAAUACAUAUAUAAAAUGCAUAAAAAGGGUAAAGGGGCCCUCCUGUUGGGACCCCGGACCAAAGUCCUGUUUGUUCCCCUAUGUUAGCGAACCUAUAGUAGGAAGUAGUGAUCUUGCAAUUAAAACAACAACUUCUAAAUAGCUAUACCAACAGAAUUGUUUUCAUACUCUAAAGCAUGUAGAGCCUGUUAGUUUGUUACUUCUAUAACAAUAUAACAGCUCAGGUUUAGCUAUUUAAUUAUUUGUUUCAUUCACUUGUUCGGUGAGUACUAAUUUAAUCAUACUGAUAAUUCAGAAAUAUAUUUUUGUUCUUUUGAAGAACAGGCACAUUAAUAUAAAUUGUAAUAUUUACAGUUUUUGUUUCAUUUCCAAAGUUUUCUUGUUGAGUAAAAUAUUAUUUGAUACUAGUGCACAAACAUGUCAAAUUUUAAAUUUUGUCAACAAAAAAAACUUUCAGUAAAACUCAUUUAAUAUAUCAGAUUGUGUUAGAGCGGAUAAAAUAUUUUUUUUCUUGUCUCAUUUUUUUUCUUUAAAAAUGGAAAUGAUUUUUAUAAAAUAUUUUCUCUUUUUUUUUUCCUCCACUACUUUGAAAAUCAUCUUAUAUAUUUAUAGUAAGUUGUAAAAGAAGCUUAACAAUCUGUUCUGUGAUUCAUUAGACAAAUAAUUUAAGAUUUAUACAUUUCAUAUAAUGCAAUAUACAUUGUAUAAAGAUUACCAGGCAUAUAAUGAAAUAUAAAUUGUAUAAAGAUUAACAGGCACACUUUAAACUCUCUAUCUUUAUAAGAAACAUUCUUGGUAGAUAGUGCCUAUUUUACAAAGAAAAUAUAUUAUAAUAAUAUAUACAUAAAUUUGACUGUUAGUUUAUAAAUUCUAGAUUUAUUAUGAAAUAAUAUCAAGGUAUUUAUGCAGACAUGGUAGUGGUCAGUUUCUUUUUUCUUCCAUUUAUAAAUAUAUAUGCUGUUCAUACUUAAUUACACAUUAUAAAUGUUAAAUUUAACGUUUAUUAGUGUAUGAAUUUUAUUCAAGCAUUUGAGUCUUCUGCGUUUUAAACAUUUUUCUGUGAGACGUUCUAUGGUUGGACUGACAUGGAAGACUAGGGUGCAUCUGUGCUAAACAAAAACAUUUUGUUUCAAGACUUUGUUUGUUUUUUUUUGGUCUGUGUAAUAGUACCCUAGUGUUUCUGCUUAUCAAUAUUUUAUUUAAUCAAUAUUUAAAUAUAUCUGUAAUCAAAUUAAAUACCCUAAUAAUUAUUGACAUUUUAUGUUCAAUAAACUAUUACAAUGGCAAUAAUGUGUAUGUAUUCAAGGUAAAAGUGUAAAUAGCUGUGACGCCAUCAUUAAUGAAAUAGUCAACAGCUAUUAUUCCAUACCUAAUAAGCAAUGCUCACUGAGUUGUCAGCGUUGAUCUGUUAAUAGUUGAUAUACUCUUUGGUUUCUACAUUUAGUUUCGCAGCCAACAGUUUGAAUGUUUGUUUGAAUGUCUGCCGUGUAGAUAUACCUAUACAAACUUCUCAGUUCCAUUGUUUUUUAAUGUGAACAUAUUCUAAGUGAAACAUUAGUUUUUUGAAACUGAAAAUCAACUGACCACAGUUAAACAAUGUACAUUUUUUCAUAUUUAUUUCAUAGUUUUGUUUAUAAAAAAUACUAACAUUAGCUUCAAUGUUUCUGCAUUGAUUUUUGCAGGUUUUUCUGAGUGUGAUGAUUAUAAUGUUGACUGAUAAUGUCAUAUACUGCCUAUAAUGUUUCUAUUUUCUUAAUAGUAAAGAGUUUGGCAUAAUGUAUAAGCAUAGUUUAUAUAUUGAUAUAUCGAUAUCUUUAUUUAUUUCUACGUUACUGCGCUUCAGAUUUUAUUUUUUUUGUGAUUCUGUCAUUUUAUUUUAUAAUAUGUAGCAACUGUGUAGUGCUUUUGAGCCUUAAUUCAUGUUUUAAUUCUUAUUACUUAUAUUUAAGUUAAGAGUUAAAACUCAUUGGCUACCCAAUUCAUGGCUUUUCUAAAUUUGAAAAAAAAAAGAAUUUACUUGUAUUCUUUAGUUAACAAAGUAAUAAACUUCAGUUUUUAUGUUUCACUGACUCUGAAAGUAUGCCAGUUGGGCCAAUACAUUUUGUUUUGUGUUGUUUUUCCCUCCACAUUGUAAGAAGUCAGUUUGUUUCUGUGAAAUAGAAACUGAGUUCUAGUGCCCAUACUAUCUGUUGUAUUGUACAGUAAAUUCACAUGUUCAUGGUGAAUCAAAGAACUUAAUAUUUUCAAUAAGAUCUUUACUUCUAAUCAGUAGAACACAAAUAUAUAAUCUAAUUGUACUCUGGGUUGUGUUAGUCACUGACAACUCCCAAAUAUUGUUCUUUUGUAAACAGAGGUGUGAAUGUGGUGUCUCCUUGUUCUUACUAUAGAUUUCAACUGGGUCUAAGUAGCUUCUUGUUCUUUCCAGCAUGUAAACAGAGGUGUGAAUGUGGUGUCUCCUUGUUUUUACUAUAGAUUUCAACUGGGUCUAAGUAGCUUCUUGUUCUUUCCAGCAUGUUAACAGAGGUGUGAAUGUGUCUAAGUAGCUUCUUGUUCUUUCCAGCAUGUAAACAGAGGUGUGAAUGUGAUGUCUCCUUGUUCUUACUAUAGAUUUCAACUGGGUCUAAGUAGCUUCUUGUUCUUUUCAGCAUGUAAAACAUGUCCAUUGCUGAAAGUGUGAAUGUAGUCAGUAAUACUUAGGAGAAUGUUGAAUGGCCAGCUGGGGAAUCAGUUGGGAAUGAGAAAAACAAAAUGUCCAUAUUAGUUAAGUAAACAAAAACCUUGAGGAAUAUAUAAAUCACAUCUUUGUUGGUACAUUUUUUCUCCAACAUUAUUGGUCUGAUCUGAGAUAUGGAUUAAGAUGAAAAUAUCUGCAUAAAAGUAGUUUAAAGUGUAUAAAGAAUGAAGCAAUUGUUUUGCAAGAAAAAAUGAGCAUAAUUAAACUUACUCUGCAUAAAAGUAGUUUAAAAUGUAUAAAGAAUGAAGCAAUUGUUUUGCAAGAAAAAAUGAGCCUAAAUGAAACUUACUCUGUUUGGCUUUUAUUUUCGUGUAAUUCAUCACAAGACAAAAUUCACUCAAAUUGUUUCUGUUUUGCAGAAACGUGAAGACUUCAUAUUUUCAUUUUCCAAAUCCUGUAGCAACGUUUCAUUGCUGUGCUUGUGGAAUGUUAAUGUUCAAUUUCUCUAACUACUUGGUCUGCUUACGGCUCAGGAGCUAUUUGUAUCUAGGACACCAUUAAGUUUCUCUUCUAGUCUCAGAAGUUUGCAAGUAGGUUCUAUACAUUUCAAUGUGAAGGGUACAUAGCUUAGAGCUGUUGUAGACAGCUUGUCAUUAUAGUCAAUAUAUUUGAUAUGCAAUAAGAUUCAGCAUUUUUCACUGGGUGCUGUGUAUGUAACGUCUUACCUCACUAAUUAUCUUUAUCUUAAAGCAUGUGCUAAUGCUGAUGGCAAGCAUUUUUUUGUUAUAUGGGUUAGGGUUAGUUGUUCAAGAUCUUAUAUAAAUUGAUAGGCAUUAGAUAAUCUAAAUAGUAAUUUGGUUCAUAUCUAAACUGAGUCUCAGGAAAUUUCUUAGUUUCUUAUCUUAUCUUAUCUUAUAUAAUACAGACGUUACUUCAAAAAAGAAGAUGAUUACGUCCUACGCGUCAUGCAUUUAGUCAUGCAUAUUAACCAAUGACUUAAAUUUCUUCUUGAAGAAAGUAGUAUGAUUAGUUUGGAGAUAACAUUAUUAGAUGGAUUUUAUUGACAUCGGUAUGUACCUAUGUCCAUAAAGUGAACGUUUUUAAAAUUUUCGAAUGAAUUGAUGACAGUGUUUAGUUUAAUGUUUAGUUUUUUUUUAACUAUUAAUGAAUGAACCUUAAGCAUAUUGUUUAAUACAACACAAUUUCACUUCAGUCUGUUUAAUAUUAAUGUCAGUGAUGAUCUACUUAUUUAGUUUUUUUUUUGUUUGUAUUGUGUCUAUGUGACAUUAUAAUUAAAACUGAAGGUCUCUUUGCAAUAAAAAAAGUUGGGCCCUUUUUGAAUAAUCAUGUUUCUGUCUUCCCUUUGUCUCUGUACUAGACUCUGCUUUUAUUUCAAGAUUUAAAAAAAUAUAAUAGAAAGAUAGUAAGAUUAUAGUCAAAUAUUCUUAAUUUAUUGAAUGAAAAUCAUUUAUUUUGUGUGAAUUUUUUGUGUAUUCUAGAAUUGUGAUGAUUAUAUUAAUGAUUGUGAUGUUAAUGAUUUCAUUUGUUUUAGGAAUGAAACAUUAUUUGUUUGUUCCAUAUUGUGAAAAAAAAAUAACAAGAAAAAUGUUAACAUUUCAUUUUAUGAAUGAGUUGGUUUAUCUAAUGCACUGAACUAUAGAAGUGUGAUUAAAGUUUAUUGAACACCUUAUUAAAUAACUUGUUUUUCCUUUGUAAUUCACCAUUAUGCUUGGGGGACACUUUUAGUUUAAUUUCCAGAGUGUGUGUGUGAUGCACUGAUGAUAGCUUUAUACAAUAAAUAUUCUCAAUUUUC